UUCCAUAGCUGAAACCAACUGAUCCUGGAACGGUUUGUCAAGCAAAUCCUGGCGAGUUCCAACGCUCUGAUUGGUUGAACGUGCGUCACGAGACGCGGCACCGUAGAACUCCUGCACUGCUGAUCUCGUGCUGCUGUCUGUGCUCCGGGGAAAAUGAGUGAGUCUUUAGUUGUGUGUGAGGUAGAUGAAGAUCUGGUGAAAAAGUUGAGGGAUUUCCGCUUCAGGAAGGAAACCAACAAUGCUGCCAUCAUCAUGAAGAUUGAUAAAGAUAAACAGCUGGUGAUUCUGGAUGAGGAGCAUGAGGAUAUUUCCCCUGAAGACCUGAAGAAUGAGCUACCUGAAAGACAGCCCAGAUUUUUAGUCUACAGCUAUAAGUACCAGCAUGAUGAUGGGAGAGUGUCAUACCCCCUGUGUUUUAUCUUCUCCAGUCCUGUUGGAUGCAAACCUGAGCAGCAGAUGAUGUAUGCUGGCAGCAAAAACAAACUGGUGCAGACAGUUGAGCUGACCAAGGUGUUUGAGAUCAGAAACACUGAAGAUCUGACUGAGGAAUGGCUAAGAGAGAAACUGGGCUUUUUCCGCUAAGGGGCCAUACAAGCUAAUGCAAAUGUUUAAAGAGUGACGAGAUGGGACCAUCACCUUCAAAAGGAGAGAACACCAUAGUCCAUCUGAUUCUGUCUGUUUGUGUAUGUUUGAAUGCUUCUGCCCAAACUCUAAACCUGCCUGUACCAGAAAUAUGAGUUGUGAUAGAAAAGGAAAUAUGAAAGCAAAUUUCAAAAGUACUAUAAAAUAUUCCGUGGAUUUUUAAAACCAUUCCAAACUCGUCCCUGAGGAGUACUGCUCUUCACAGGUGGCCAAUUCCUACUGUCUUUAUAGUUGGGUGUCAUGCUGUGAUUUCUGGCAAUCUCAUGUCAACUAUCCUUUAUGAUAGCUGACAUGGUAACGGAUUUAAAUAUUUAAAAAUGCUAUAAUCUAUAAUUGUUUAUGACAGUUUUGAUGUAAAAUCACACAAGUCUUCAUGUAAACUCCUGCUACUACAAGGGCCAAACCUUUUCUUCCUUUUUAAUGUAGUUUUCUUCCUGUAAUUUGACAUCUUUAGACCAAACAUUAACUACGGUAAUAUUUUUUGAUAGGAGUUGUGACUGGGAGGUGAAGGGAUUGGGAGUGUCACAGAUUUUUAUUUGUGAGAGAGUGUUUGUUGAGUGUUUCUAGCCUUUUGUCAUUGACUGUCAUUAAGUCACUCUGUUUUGCCUUUUCAAAUCUGUGCUUGCAGCUAGACGAACAAAUCCACUAAAGUUUUAUAAUCUUUCUCCUUCGGUUAAUUGAGUAAGAGCUCUGGGUUCUCCUUUUUCUUGAUUCACUGUCUUUAGGAGAGAAGAUUAUCUUAACCCCAGACCAGAGAACUCAACUGUCCCACCUCUUUGGAAAUGGUGUACAGUUUAUUUUUGUCCAAUUAAAGGCUGGAAUGAAGCCAGUUUCUCUAUAUACUUGAGUUCAAGCAAAGUAUCGCUAUUUACAUAUGUAUAUAAAAACUUUCUAUUGGCUAAAUUUAAACACUGGAAAUUGCAUAAAUGUUUACAGCUUCACAGAGAAAUAUGAAAAUAUGAACAGUUUGGGAAGUGAUGUGUUUUUGAUAAGUAAUACCUCUGCAGAUCUCACAUUUUUCAGAGUCUGUGAGUUCUAAAGUGGGGUCUGGCUCACUUGUGCAUCAUCUCUGUACAUCUGUAAUACCUGUGAUUGGUGCCGUUUCCUAUUAAACACUGAUUUCUCACUUUGGUGGUUUAUAUGAUGUGGACAUCACAUGAUUUGUCCCAUUCAGUAGUGAGCUUUGUAUGUGUUUAACAUCAGUUUUUGUCCACUAUGAGCUAUUUUUAAUGACUGAAUUAGAUGCUUUGGUUUGUCCUGAAUGUUUUUAACUCAAGUUCUCUCUUUAAACCAGUAAAGUGGUUUCCUUUCUGAAUAUCUCAAUUACAUUUGUCUGCUGUUCAUCUUGAAUAAUUAAAUGGGAGUUUUUUUUCUUUUAAA